AUGCGAUCCGAAUCGGACCUAUUCACGGAGCGCGAGAGAUCGACCGAGGAGGAGAGCCUAGCCCUGAAGAAGUUGAGAACUUCGAGGGAGACCUACUCUGUGAGCAAGGCCUGCACCAUCGCUCGUGAGCACUCCCCGCUUAGAAAGAUCCCGCCUCAGUCCGCUUGGGAUGAGGAGAAGAAGAACAUCCCCACUCCUGUCCGCCUGGACAUCAUCUCCGACUGGGUCAAGGCAUACGGAGACAGAGAGCCGUAUAACCUGAUCUAUGACGAAGCGCUCCAUGCGAACCUGUCGACUGGAGUGGACAAGGACAAGCCCGAGUUCCCCAUGGAGGGGCACAAGCCGUUCACCCCAGGGCCCUUCCCCACGUCCACAUCAGGAAACCUGGGAAUCCCUUAA